UUUUCAGUGACGGCUGAAUUGACCACGGAGAUCCGAGUUGUUUGCUAGCCAGACCGCAGUAGCGAAGUAGUUAUCGUGAAAUGUCAAGAAGGUUCAAUUUAAAACGCUGCAGAGAAAAGAUGUGACUGACCUUCGGUUUUAAGGAUUAUGAAAGAGGUGGGACUCAAUAUUUUAUGCCCUGCUCGACCGUGUACGUCUUUGCUAUGCUAGCCAACGUUAGCUUCUGCUAAGUUAGCCGAUAGCUAACGUUGACUUGUUGUGUGCAUGUGUGUCCCAGAUAAACAAUCAUCCAAACUCUUUUUUACAGCCACUAAAGCAACACAAUAGUUUGCGCUAACACAACAGUCGGGGGAGGGUGUCUCUGUAAAGACACUUGGUCAUGCUAAACGCAAUACAAAAACAUGUUUACUGCAUUUUUACACAUCCAUCAUAUCCAGAUGUGUUUUUUUCUGAAUCAACACUGUUUACUGUCCAAUUUGAGGCGCAUUCUGUAACGCUCUCUCGCGUGUCGUCCGUUUUGUCAUUGCAGCGUGAUCCCUCAAAAGUCACAAUUGUGAACAGCUAAGUCACAUAGCUAGUCGGUAGAUUAAUGGCAUAUAAAUAUAGUCUAUCUCGUCAGGCGAUGGUGCAAUAAAAACAGUCAACAAGGGGCCUUUGUGAUAUCUUAACCCUGCUUCAGAGAUGAUGGGGUAAAGACGGAGACGCGUCUCUCAACACCUGGUGUAAUCUUCGAGAGGUUUAUCAUAAGUAACAUUAACACGCCAUACGAGACAACAGCUGGAUUGUUAUGCUUCACGUUCUCCUCUGUGGGGGUCCUCAUCACCCAGCAUACCACAUUCAUUUCUGGUUGUCAGCUAGCAGAGCUACAUGUCAAUGGUAGUAAACCACCACCUGACCCAAACAGCUGAACCCUGCCAUGCCAGGACCUUGUUGAAAUAGCCAUUGCUGAAUUACCAAAUUAGGUGUGUGGUCAUUCAGAAAAUAUCACUAUGACAUAGUCCCCCUCAUAGAGCACUGACAAGUUGAUUUUAUUCAUAAUGCAUUUUAUAAAUACAAAAUAAACAUAUCUAAGGGAUUUGCAUUCAAAUUAUAUUAUAUGUUUGAGUGUGUUUACAUGAGAAAAAUAAGUGCUAUUUGACGAUAUAUCAUUACAACAUGUUUAAAUCAGUUUCAUCCUCAACAAUCCAGUGACGCUCAGCUAUGUUAUACAGUCCAACACUGAAUCCCUGCUCUACCAUACUGAUGUCAGUUUCCAAUUCCUCUGUUUGUGUCUGUUUUUGCGUCUGUGCAUGUGAACAGGCUGCAGUCAUGGGCCCGGGUGCCGCGUCUGUCGUUAAAACAGAAUCUUCAGAGGAAAGUCCCGGAGGAGUCUACAUAAAGGAGAUCUCGGAAUCGGAUUCCAAUGAUGACUCAACCGCCGCCGAGCCCGAGAGACGGCCACAGAGCAGCGCAUCAGACAAGAGCUACAUUUGCUCUGUCUGCGGCAAGACGUUCGACAGACCGUCAAAGCUGGAGAGGCAUAGGCCUGUGCACACGAGGAAGCCCAAGACUCUUCAUCAGUGUCAGCACUGCGAGAAGAGUUUCACGCAACAAGAGAAGCUGAUCCGACACCAGAACUGCCACAGCAGGACUAACCAGCACCCCUGUCCCGACUGCGGGAAGGUGUUCAACAGGCCGUCGAAGCUCGAGAGGCACAAGCGCACCCACUCGAAGAAACCGAAGGUGCCCCAUCAGUGCUCGUUCUGCACGAAGACGUUCAGCAAACUUAACAAGCUCGUCCGUCACAAGCGGAUGCACACCGGGGAGAAGCCUUUCACCUGCUCCGUCUGCGGGAAAGGGUUCUCCGAGUCGGGCCACUGCAAAGCGCACGAGAAGACGCACGAGGAGCAGCCGGAGAAAGCUCACUGCUGCGCCGACUGCGGGAUGUGCUUCUUCAAGGCCUCGGAGCUCCGUCGGCACUUCCGCUCCCACACGGGAGAGAAACCUUUCCGGUGCACCCUGUGCGAGAGCCGCUUCUCCCGCUCUGAAGGACUCAAAAGGCACAUGAGGAGCCACACGGGGGAGAGACCAUACAAAUGCGUCAUCUGCGCCAAGGGGUUUUAUUCCCGCCAGGAUUUGAAUAUUCACGGGUUAACCCACUCGGGAGAGAAGCCGCACCUUUGCCCCGUGUGCGGCAAGGGCUUCUCGCAGCUGGGCAACAUGAAAGAACACGAGCAAAAUGUUCACAUCAAGUCCGAGAAGUACAUUUGCAAUGAAUGCGGGGCGACCUUCACACGGUACAAGUCGCUGACGAAACACCAGAGGACGCACACGGGAGAAAGGCCGUACCUGUGCCUCACCUGCGGUCGCAGGUUUUCAUGGAGCCAUUCGCUCAGCAGACACCGGAGGACGCACACACACAGACAGAUGUCUAUGGACGCAUCGAAAGGCAGAUUAAGUUUUGAAGGACCCUCGGAGAAUCCUAGCAGUUGAAAAAUAGAAGCGAGGACAUUUUCAUCGUCAAGCUAUCUUCCUGGAGCCUCAGUCGAGAUAACACGUGGUGUUCUGUCGUGCAUUGAGAACUCAUUUUCAAGCUUUGUGACUAUUCACCCUGCCGAUUGCCUUAUUUUGCCACAAAAUAUCAGUUAGAUCAGUGUUUUUCAACCUUUUCUGACCCGCGGCACAUUUUUUACAUUAAAAAGAUCCCGCGGCACACCAACAACCAAAAACGUUACAAAAUGACACCUUUGCAGGGGUGUCAAACUCAAUCCCAGGGAGGGACAAAAUUAAAGAUUGGGACUACGUUGAGGACCAUUUAAUAAACAGGAUAGAAGGCAUAUUGGACAAAGUGCAAAAAGAAUACAUGUUUAGGUAGGCUACA